CCAUGCUGUUGUAGUUCAGGAAACUCUCAAGCAAUGAAGUCUUUUGUCUUUUCAGCUAUCGUCUGUGUUGUUGUGGCAGACAGUCGCUACGGAUCCAACGGAAAUGGUAACGGCUUCGGAGCGCCUCCUUCCAGCAAUGGCUAUGCACCCCCAAGUAACACAUAUGGCACGCCCAACGGAGGGUACGGAGUAGACCCUGAGAUUGCCGCUUUGGCCGAGAACAUUCCCGGGGGCGGCGUCCCCGGUGAGGACUACCCCAUCUUGGCUUCCGUGCCCGACACCGGCUUCUCGUGCGAUGCCCAGGCGGUGCAAGGUUAUUACGCCGACACUGCAGCUGAAGCCGGCUGCCAGGUGUUCCAUAUCUGCCAGGACCGCGCCCUCAGGCGCCAACAGGACUCGUUCCUGUGCCCCAACGGUACCAUCUUCAACCAGCAGUACCUGGUAUGUGACUGGUGGUUCAACGUGGACUGUUCUCAAGCUGAGAGCUUCUACUCCGUCAACGAACUCAUCGGAGUCGUUCCCAACGCUGGCUAUGGUUACGCUGCGGCCACCAAUGGCAUUUCCCUUAAUGGCAACGGAUUUGGCUCAAAUGGCAAGGGCAGGAAUGGAAACGGCAACGGAAGAAACGGCAAUGGAGGCAACAACGGCAACCAAUAUGGCGCUCCGGCAGCUCCUUCCAACUCGUACGGUUCCCCUUUCUAAGCUGAUUUUUAUUUAAUGAGCUUCGCGAUUUUAAGAAAACGUCUCAGUUAUACGUAAUGUUCAUCCGUUACACUGCUACUGUCUUUUCUUAAAUCAAGUUAUGUUAUGUUAGAAAUUGCCUUUGUUUAUUCUGAAUACUGGAACUUCCAGGAUAUCUAAAUGCAAUUUCAAUAAAAAAUACGAUAUAUUUAUGUAUAUUUAUAUGCAUUUCACAUUAUAAAGUGAAUAUUGUC